GCAUGAAUGAACGCACUACGUCAUGCAUAGUCAUAAUGUGCCUCCCCGUGAUUGGGUUUUGUACUUGAUCUCAGCGAAUCCGAGAUAAGACAAUGUUAUCAAUAUUAAUGAGGAGCCUGAGGCGUUUUGCUCCAAUGGACGAAAGGCUGUAAGCACCGCAUUCUGUGUGCCGGGGCCGGAGACGUCAGAACGGCUUAGCGUGGCAUACGGUACCGCAUUACCGACGGCGGCCGAGCUCUGUGGAGUGGACACUAGUGUUGACAGGUUAUUGGAUUUUUUCAUAAAUACGAGUCAACGUAAUGCGACAUUGAAGUCACCCCAUGACGGGGAGUACUCUCGGCCAAUGACCCUGUUCACAAAAAAGCCCACUCUGCCCCCUCAUCGGUGUGCGCGCCGGGCACUGGUGCUGAAACGCAGCACCCACACUGGACGGUGGACCAUCCAUUCAUGAAAGGGACUUGCCAGCUGAACUACUAACUAGUGUGUCCAGUUCGAGGGUGUUGGGUCGGAAGGGGAGGAGAAGAAAAGGCCAUGGAGUUGUCGGACGGCCUGCUGCUGCAGGUCAACAACGGCGAGCAGUGGUGCAACCGCUGGAAGCGGCCCAAUGAUGACUCCGACCGCAGCACCAGUCCGUCAGUUCUGCGCUGCGUGGCCACCACGUGGAAGGAGGGGCUUCUGAACAGGAAGAGGCCCUUCGUCGGCCGCUGCUGCCACUCUUGCACGCCCCAGAGCUGGGAGAAGCUGUUCAACCCCAGUAUUCCGUCGCUCGGCCUGCGUAACGUCAUCUACAUAAAUGAGACCCACACCAGGCAACGCGGCUGGUUGGCACGGCAACUGAGCUAUGUGCUCUUUGUCAUGGAGCGGGACGUUCACAAGGACAUGUUCCCCCGCAAUGUGGUGGAAAACGUGCUGAUCAGCAACAGUGUGGAGAGUGCCGUCUUGAGCGUGGCCGCUGAUUUGGACGAGGCGGGCGUCGCCUCCAGCCGGCCCUGUUCUGAACGCGGCAAGUCGGUCAGGAAAGUCAAGCAGAAAGCCCGACGCUGCCUCCAGCAGAUGGUGGCCAGCGUGUCGCCCGCCUUCAUCAGGCUGACAGGCUGGGUUCUGCUGAGGCUCUUUAAUGGUUUCUUCUGGAGCAUUCAGAUCCAUAAGGGCCAGCUGGAAAUGGUCAAAAAAGCAGCGGCAGAGCGCAACGCUCCAAUGGUCUUCCUGCCCGUCCACAAGUCCCACAUCGACUAUCUCCUCAUCACGCUCAUCCUCUUCUGUCACAACAUCAAGGCGCCGCACAUUGCCGCCGGCAACAACCUCAGCAUCCCCAUCCUCAGCACCCUGAUCCGAAAGCUGGGAGGCUUCUUCAUACGGCGCAAAAUGGAGGAGUCUGGGGACGGCAAGAAAGAUAUUUUGUACAGAGCGCUCUUAUACGCUUACACAGAAGAGCUGUUGCGUCAGCAGCAGUUCCUGGAGGUUUACCUGGAGGGAACGCGCUCCCGCAGUGGCAAAAUGUCCACAGCGCGCGCCGGCAUGCUGUCCCUCGUGGUGGACGCGCUGCACUCGGGCGCCGUCGGCGACGUGCUGGUGGUGCCGGUGGGCAUCUCGUACGACCGCAUCAUCGAGGGGAACUACAACAGCGAGCAGCUGGGCAAGCCCAAGAAAAACGAGAGCUUGUGGGGAAUAGCCUGCGGCGUGUUCAGGAUGCUGAGGAAGAACUACGGCUGCGUCCGCGUUGACUUCAACCAGCCCUUUUCCUUAAAGGAGUACCUGGACAGCCAGAGAAGCCGCCAUGUGGCCCCCCCGCUGUCCCUCGAGCACUCCUUGAUGCCCACCAUCAUUGAUGCGCAGCCCGACGCUCAGCUGUUUGACCGUCAGGAGGAGGCCCUGCAGAACAGAGAACUUCCCGAAGACCUGUGCCGACGACAGCUCAUUAACAACCUGGCCAAGCACGUUCUUUUCAGUAAGCCAAUGUCACGUCCCAAGGUGCCUCAUUGGAAAAGCACGACUGGGCUUGCAGCAGCAGAAACCGCGGCUAACAAGUCGUCCGCCAUCAUGUCCACGCACAUCGUGGCCUGUUUGCUGCUCUACCGACACAGACAGGGCGUGGCGCUCUCCAAGUUGGUGGAGGACUUCUUCAACAUGAAGGAGGAGGUGCUGUCGCGUGACUUUGACCUGGGCUUCUCGGGCAACUCUGAGGACGUGGUGAUGCGGGCCCUGCACCUGCUAGAGAACUGCAUCGCCGUCACCGGCGGCGCCAACCGCAACGGCGAGUUCACCAUCGCACCCGGCCACACCGUGCCGGCCCUCUUCGAGCUCAACUUCUACAGCAACGGCCUCUUCCACGUCUUCAUCGCCGACGCCAUCGUCGCCUGCAGCAUCCUGUCCCUGCAGCGGGAGCAGGCGGCCGAGUUUGAGUUGUCGUCGCCGGCGUCGGCACGAGAUCCCGACGCCGCGGACGCCGGUUCUCCACUCAGUCAAGAGAAGCUCAUCCGCAAGGCCGCCGGCCUCUCGCACUUCCUGGUCAAUGAGGUGGCGGUGGCCUCGCCUUGCCAGACUAUUUACCAGGUGUUCCACGAUGCCGUCACCCGCCUCAUCCAGUACGGCGUCCUCUAUGUGGCCGAGGAGGACCAGGAGGAACUUAGCCCCAGUCCCACCGAAGAACCUUGGCCCCAAAAGUUCCCCGAGCCGCUCUCCUGGAGGAGCGACGAGGAGGACGAGGACAGCGACUUUGGGGAGGAGCAGCGGGAUCGCUAUCUGAAGGUGAGCCUGUCGGCAGAGCACCGGGAUUUCUUUGUGUUCCUGCAGCGGCUCCUCAGCCCCGUCCUAGAGGCCUACGGCGGCGCCGCCAUCUUCGUGCACAGCUUGAGUCAGCCCAUGGCCGAGCCAGAGUACACGCAGCGCCUCUUCCGAUACCUGCUCACGCGCACCGAGAGGAGGAUCGCUGCUUACGGUGAAAGUGCAACUCAUUACCUGGUGAAGAACACAGUGAGGACAUUCAAGGAUCUCGGGGUCCUCAAGGAGCGACGAGAGGAGCGUCUGACCACGCUGGAGCUGAGCGCCACCUUCCUACCUCAGGCCAACCGCAACAAACUGCUGCAGUACAUUUUAGGCUUCUGCCUGCUGUGAUCCCCGAACCUUGUCGCUUCAGGCUCCCCUCCGACGUCACAUAAGGGCUUCUUACUGGUUCUCUCAAAUAUAUGAUUCUAGGUGCUACCAGGAAGUGCCUUCAUAAUUUACAUUAGCAGUACAGCUCCAUAUAUCCAGUAGGCAGCCAAGCUGUCUUUUACAGAAGGCAUCCAUAAGAAGCGAGUAGAAGAGCUGUCGAGCGCGGCGGCGUAGUGCGCAAUCUAGUCUAGUAGUGCACUUUGCUAACCUGUCAAGUCAUUUGGGCUGUACUCAAGAAGCCUUCGAAAGAGCACUGUAGCCUUGUUUCCUCUUAUUGUCACAUUAUCGCAGAGCCAAUGUAGGUGGCGCUCCAAUGUUGUUUUUACCAUCAACUUUCAUGUCUAAGAUAACUAGUUACCCAAAUAUAAAAUCAAAUUUUAGCCGAUUUGGAGGGUUAGUUAGUAGUAGUAGCUAGUAUAACUUUCCUGGAGGUGAAUCAUUUCCCAGUUUUCCGGUACCCGCCGUGGUACGUUGCCCAAUGGGUGAAACGACUCUGCAUGUUCCCAUAGCAACUAUGAGGACGGCGGCAAAUGAGACUGCUGAUUAUUUUGUUGUUGGUAGUGGUAUUAGUUUAUUUUAACACAUGGCCACCUCACAACAGGUCUUAAAAAGUAGCAAAUGUCUCUAAAGCAACAGAAGGUGUGCGUGGAAGGUCCAAGUAAGUCUACUGAAAGAUUUUCUUGCAAGCAUACACGGUUAUUUAAUCUUUCAACCUGCACGUAUUGAUGCAGAUUUGUACAGUAGGACGGCGGCAUGUCAAAGGACAAAACGUACAUAGAUGUUUGAAUGAUUUGGAAUGUGGCAGACAUUUUGUGAAGUUCAAUGCCACUUUUAUGGACUGUACUGCAUGUUUGCUCUCAAGGUCGACUUUGUGUUGUAUUUAAUGGUCCCAAGUCUGUGAAUUAUGUUGAGGAGGAGUCCUGAUGAAUGUAUUGUGUUGUCAUGAUUGUCCAAAACUCAGGUGGACUUGCUGUGUGGACAAAGGAAUAGGGACGCCUGGCCUUGACUGGAAGUCAAAACGAAGACAAUAACAUCACACGGUACGAAACACAAGUGACACAAUGUCAGGUUAAAACGCUUGUAUUAUGGAAGCAGGUGACCCUAUUUUAAAUCUACUGUCUUGGUCUUUUUUAAUGCAUGUUAAUUCCGUAUCACAAAAACACUAUAUAUGUAAAAAGUCAUAAAGACAAGAAUCACCAGCCAAGAGUAAAAGAAGAAAAAAGUCCAGCAUAAUUGUCAGUAGGUUUGUAAAUAAAAUAGUACAAGAGG